AUGCCCAUCCGACCGUCUCUCGAAGGAUCCACGUUCAACACGGACCUUCGCGACCGCCAUCUGAUUUAUGACUAUGCGGCGCAAGACGAGCAGGGGAAUCCGGAGAAGUGGCGCUAUGAGAUGUGGUUCCAGAAUGAAGACCGCAUCAACUACGCCAUCCACGGCGGGCCGAUGGCGGGCCGCAUCAACUUCCAGACAGCGGAGUACCAGUGCAUUCGGCCCGGCGAGCUAUGGCAGUGUAACUGGCUCGAGGAGACAGGGACCAUGUGCUCGUUAGUCUAUGAUAUCCCUAACAAGCGGAUCACGACCAUGCUAGGGUUCUCCAAGGGUCAUUGGGAGAACGCGAAGGAGGCACACGGUGAUAAGCGGAACCCGGAUGAUUUCGACAGAUGGCGCGGGCUUGCGAGGAUUGGGAUCCAGACCGAUCGGGUGAUGUUGAGUGAGCAGGCGGAUAUCCUAGAGGAUUUCCGGGGGCCCGGGAAUCUCAAGCCUGCUGAUAAUAGUUGGCCCACGUUGUGA